UGCGGUUAUACUUGUUAAGUUAGCAGCGAAUGCUCAGCUUUUAUUGUGCAGACAGAAAGGGCAGAUAGAGAAAUGUGACCGCCAGGAUGACGGAACCCUCUCAGCUUCACUAUCGGCUGACCUCAUUGUCGUGAAGCCUGCGUCGGGCGGCUUGUUGACGACCCAGCUGCGGUCCGAGAUUGGCGAUUACAAAGAACGGAGCCCGUCCCGUGUGACAUCAUUCCGUCUGGCACGGGGGAGAUCUACAGCACCUCCUCUUUUCUCCUCAUCCAUUUGGAGCCGCCCGUGCGAGCAGUUCAUCACAGAGCGCACCCAGGAAGGAGGCGGACCCAGAUAGUAAGGGCGAACCGGAGAUCGAGGGCAGCAGUGUGCGGGACGGCCAGCAAAGGGGAUCUAUCCAUCUGCAACUUUCGGGGUUUUGCACCCGCCAUCCUCCUCUGGAUCAAGUUUUACGACUCUUGUGUCUGUCCCAGAUCUUAAUCCGCGCCUGCGUCCGAGCCCCGCAUCCAUUCGGAGAUGUCCACUAUUAGAAGAGCCGAACCGGAGACCCGGUCGGAACACCAAGAUGCUCUGGGCACCGUGACUCGCCUCCCCUGUUUCUCCACGGAGUCUGUAGAAUGAAGGAGGAUUAACGUUGAGUCCGAGACCGGAGCGCUAAGAAGAUGACGGUGCCGUUGCUGAAGAUCGGGGUCGUGCUGAGCACCAUGGCGAUGAUUACCAACUGGAUGUCGCAGACCCUCCCCUCUCUGGUGGGGCUCAAUACUACCAAGCUGACAGCGGCGCAUGGAGGGUACCCAGACCGGAGCACGGGAGUGUUGCCAGCAAACCCAGAGGAGUCGUGGCAGGUGUACAGUUCCGCCCAGGAUAGCGAAGGGAGGUGUGUCUGCACUGUGGUGGCGCCCCAGCAGUCCAUGUGCUCACGGGAUGCCCGCACCAAACAACUGAGGCAGCUGCUGGAGAAGGUCCAGAACAUGACCCAGUCCAUCCAGGUGCUGGACCAGCGCACCCAGAGGGACCUUCAGUAUGUAGAGAAGAUGGAGGUCCAACUCCGUGGCCUGGAGACAAAGUUCAGGCAGGUGGAGGAGAAUCACAAGCAGAACAUUGCUAAGCAAUACAAGGCCAUAAAGGCGAAAAUGGAGGAGCUUAGGCCGUUGAUACCAGUGUUGGAGGAGUACAAAGCCGAUGCCAAAUUGGUAUUGCAAUUUAAGGAGGAGGUCCGAAAUCUGACGUCAGUUCUAAACGAGCUACAAGAAGAGAUGGGGGCCUAUGACUACGAGGAGCUCCACAACAGAGUGUCAAAUCUUGAGGAGAGACUGCGAGCAUGCAUGCAAAAAUUAGCCUGCGGUAAACUGACAGGCAUCAGUGAUCCAAUCACCAUCAAGACAUCUGGAUCCAGGUUUGGCUCUUGGAUGACGGACCCGCUGGCACCUGAAGGAGAUACCCGGGUUUGGUACAUGGAUGGUUACCAUAAUAACCGCUUCGUUCGGGAGUACAGGUCUAUGCAUGACUUCAUGACGUCGGACAACUUUACAUCCCACCGGCUGCCCCACCCGUGGUCAGGCACGGGUCAGGUGGUCUACAAUGGCUCGAUCUACUUCAACAAAUUCCAGAGCCACGUCAUCAUCAAGUUCGACUUCCGUACCUCCUCCAUCAGCAAGUCCCGGCAGCUUGACUAUGCCGGCUUCAACAACGCGUACCACUAUGCCUGGGGAGGCCAUUCAGACAUCGACCUGAUGGUUGAUGAGGGAGGCCUGUGGGCCGUCUACGCCACCAACCAGAAUGCUGGCAAUAUUGUCAUUAGCAAGCUGAACCCCAACACCCUGCAGAUUAUCAAGAGUUGGACCACCAACCACCCCAAACGGAGCGCUGGCGAGUCUUUUAUGAUCUGUGGCACACUCUACGUAACAAACGGAUACUCAGGAGGAACCAAGGUUUAUUACGCUUAUUCCACCAACUCCUCUACCUAUGAAUAUAUUGACAUCCCCUUACAGAAUAAGUACUCACAUAUUUCUAUGUUAGACUACAACCCUCAUGACCGUGCCCUCUAUGCCUGGAACAAUGGCCACCAGGUCCUCUAUAAUGUGACAUUGUUUCACGUCAUCCGCUCAGAGGAACUGUAAUGGAUGGGGAUUCAAUUAAAAUAAAUUAAAAUAAAUGUGUCCUUGGAAAAAAACAACAUUCUAUUCAAUCUCUGAAAAUGGAGACAGUAACAAGAACAUUUGUUGAAACAAAGAACAUGUGAAAGACUGAAUUAUCCGUGAAUGCAAAAUGGAUUGAAUGUGUAUAUGGGCUUUUAUUGUGUUUCAUUCCAAAAUUAGAUGUUAUGACAGAAAAAUGCAAUAUUAUUUAUCUCCAAACAAAAGAUCACUGUUAGGAAAAAGAAAGUUUUGUAAAUAAAUGUCUCAAGAUGAGUUUCAUAAUGUGCUUUAUUUUGAUAGCUGCCAUUAAUAUAUCAGAGGCAUUUUAUUUUGGAAUGAAACUCUCAUUUGUUGUAUAGAAAAAUGAUUGUAAAUUAGAACAUAUAUUAGACUUAAAAUAGUAAGAACAGAUGCCAAUAAAAGAAAAUAUCAUGCCUUUUUUUAUAUAAGCAAAUAUCCACCUAAGGUCCCUCCUGCCGCUCCAGUUUUUUCUGCAGAACUACUCCCAGAUGGACUUUUCUGUGGUCAGUAGGGAGGGUGGGGGGUUCUGGAACAAACACUGUUGGUAAUAAACUGUGGGAUCCCAACCCUGCCCAAGGUUCUUCGGACAAAAGUGGGAGGUCAGUCUAGUCAGAGGACUGGAUAGCCAAAAGGAGGCGGUCUGUCAUAUCAUUUUUAUAAGUACAGUAGCAAAUCUAAAGUCUGUAGAGAAACAACAAUAACAUCUACUAAAAGACCUGAAGGCACUGACUGUUGAUUGAACUGUUGUUUGAUCUGAUUUUUCUGUAUUAGUGAUUAUGUGUUGAAAAAGGCUUUCUUUGCAUGUUUGUUUUCUAUAACUCCAGUCUGCUCUGCUGAAUGUCUUUUGCUGUAUGAUACUACAAAACAACAGAAAGGAGUUGGAAGAAGGAAGAACACAUUCAAGGAGUGGCAAAUAUUUUGUUUUUGUUUCCCCUCUGCUUCUCCCUGUGUCUUUCAUUUGAUUUAAUUUCUUGACCUCCAUUUUAAAUGUUCUUGUACCAAUUUAACUGUUGGCACUGGUUUUGCCUCCUUGUAUUUAUUUUAUUGGACUGUGUAGGAGGAAUCUAGCUAGCUCAUUAGUCUAUGAAGUAAAAAAAUAUUAACAAUGGAAUGUAUGAACUAUUGUAUUGUUGGUAAGGAAACCUGUUUUCCUUACCUUCAUCACACAUCAUGGGCUUGAAGAAGGGAAGGGUUUACAUUAAAAAGAUUGCAUCUCAUGUCAUAUAUCCCCACACUGUUAGUGGAGGAUAAUGUUUGUUAAAUGUACUUAUACCCUUGCUAAAGACAAAAGCUUUUCAAUCUUUUUGCGCUUUGCUGAACAUGUGUUGUAUCUGAAAAGAGAUGGUUAAUGAUUCGUGUCAAUAAAACAGAGAAAUCUG